AUCAACAAAAUGUGUUUUUUGAGAAUUGAGUUGAUUAACUUUUCUAUUUGAAGAUCGUUCUCUUUUUCAUUCGUUCUGUCGCAACUUUGGGUUAAUUUAAUUUCCAUUGUAAUUUAAAUUGUUCAUUAGUUGAACGGUGUCCGUGUGUUUGUUUCGAAAUAGUUGAUUGUUUCUUUUUGUUUCUGUGUUUUUUGUGUUGAAAUAAAAAAAAAGUCAAUUACCAUCGAUGGGUCAUGAAGAAGAGGUUCUGCGUAUUGGGAAAAAAUUGGAUAAAAUGGGAGCCAAAAAGGAAGGUUUUGGUCAAGCAUUGGACCUUCUUAAAGCGUUGAAAGAGAUUCCCAUUACAUUGGAGAUUUUACAGCGAACCCGUAUUGGUAUGGCAGUUAAUAAUUUAAGAAAAAACUGUUCCAAUGAAGAGGUAAUCAGUUUGGCUAAGUCUCUCAUUCGUUCAUGGAAAAAGCUGCUAGAGGUUUCAAAAGAGGGUAAAUCAGAUUCUAAUAAUACUGAUAAUGGGUCUACAUCGGGCUCAUCUGGUAAUAAAACGAUAAGUUCUGGGAAUAGUGGAAGUACGGGUAGUGGUGGAGGUGACACUGGAAGUAAAAACGGUUCAAAUAAAAGUACAACGUCUCGUAGUAAUGCUCCUGGUAGCGAUUCUAAACCAAAACAAUCUUUUCCAUCUAAUACAUCAAAUGAGAUUCGUCUUAAAGGUAGACAAUUAUUGGCUGAAGCUCUUAAACAAGGAAUGGAAGAAUCAAGUGGAGAAACUUUCUUUGACCCUGAAGAUUUAGCUGCCCAAAUAGAAGAUAAUAUUUAUAAAGAAUUUAAAGAUAUAAAUAUGAAAUAUAAGAAUAGAAUUAGAUCUAGAGUGUCCAAUUUGAAAGAUUCGAAAAAUCCUGAUCUUAAAUUCAAUGUUCUCCGUGGACACAUUUCUGCAUCAAGAAUUGCCGUUAUGACAGCUGAGGAAAUGGCCAGCAAUGAGAUGAAAGAAUUACGUCAAAAGCUAACAAAAGAAGCAAUUAAUGACCAUCAAAUGGCGGUGACCGGAGGUACAAAGACAGAUCUUAUCAAAUGUCCGAAGUGUAAAAAGACAAAUACAACUUACAAUCAAGUUCAAACGCGAAGUGCUGAUGAACCCAUGACAACCUUUUGCUUUUGUAAUGAAUGUGGUUAUAGAUGGAAAUUCUGUUGAUCCGAUAAUCUUUAUUCUAACCAAUUAAGCAAAAUAUACCUUCAGAGAAGAAGAAUUAACAAAUUACCAUCAACAAAGAAAGGAAGAAAUCAACAACAAAGUAUCAUCAUCAAGCUUUUUCCUUAAUCUCUUCCGAUGACAAGAACACCAACCAAACCAAGACUUGAUUAAAUACUUCCCACCGUCAAUUCAUCAUUAUAUCUCCUCUGAGCCGCACGGAUAUUUUUCCUCUUCCACCUUUCAUCAUCUUUGAUUGUUCUUCUUUUUUUCCCCUUAAUUUUUUUUACCUUUUUCUCCAACCAUCAAGUUGAUAUGAAAAUCUUGUAAUCAUCAACAAACAAAUCAACACAUACACAAACAUACACAAACUCUUGUACAAUUCAAUAUAAUAAUAAUUUAGCGAUUGCUAACAAUUAAACAAACAAUAUCAGUAA